UGGUGCAUGUUAUGGGUUUACACCUGCAAGUUAUCCAUUAACAUCGGCCUAGAGCCGGACGAACAUUACAGUGUCCGUGAUGAAAUAUCUGAAAACACAGAAAAAGAAUGAUUUGUCUGCGAUUUAUCAUUCAAAAAAGGAGAUGAAGAGAGGUGGCCCUGCAGUGCCGGGUGAAUGGGGUGGUUUUGUCUCUGCGCCCAAAAUGGCCGGGAAUGGGCCUUACUUAGAGUCCCUGGUGUGCGGGGGCAUUUGGCGGGGAUUUUACCAGCAGUUUGUUUCCGCAGGACGGGGAUCUUACCCGGGCUUGGUGGACGGAAAGUCAAAGUCCCCGCUAUUCCCCGGACCUGGGGGGCCGUGGUUACAAUUGACUGGAGCAUUAGAAAGAUAACUAGAAACCAUUGUUUUCGGUCGGAAACUGAUGUCUAUCGGACUAUCCUGCAACAAUAUUACCAAGUUAUCCCCAAGUACAAAUAACCGGUGUAAUCCGAAAAAUCCAAAUAUCUAGGUCAUGAAGAGCACUUCCUAAGGGUUAAAAAAAAGCCUUUGUUAUAUCAAAACUCAUCGGAAACAUAACUUUUGAGCUUUUUGUAUGCAUAUAUAUGUUACAAUCAAUGAAUAAAUUUUGAAUAAUUCACAAAACAAAUUUUGACAGUAUCCAUCUUGUUGAUUACGUCACCACUGAUCAUGUUUUUUUGGCAACACUGCUACUCCAUUAAACUUCUGACUUUUUAAUGUUGAAUAAAGACACCAAAAUUGAAUUCCAGUGAGUUUCCACUUUUAAGAGAAUGCUGUUGGGGUCAUUUGAUACGGGUAAAAUAACAUCGUUUUGGCAAAAAUGGGGGAAAAUAUAAUUUUCAUUUAAUGUUAACAUUUUAUUCAGAUUUUUUAUAGGAAAAAGAGACACAUUUAGCCUAAACAAUGCAUAUCUUAUUUAUAUUGUUUUUUACUCAUGUAUAUGAAUAAAGUAAUCUUUUGAACAAAACAGGGACAUCACUCUGUGUGUGUGUGUGUGUGCGUGUGUGUGCGGGCGUGUGUGUGCGUGUGUGUGUGUGUGCGUGCGUGCGUGUGUGUGAUAGAAAUUAUUUUUCAAUACAAUAUAGAGAUGUUUUAACAUAUAUAAACGUUUUUCAUAUAUAUGUAAAUAUGAUUUAUGUUGAAAAUAAAUGAGAAAAAAACCCAUUUUAUUCAGCUAACCUAUUGACAUUCUCAUAAAUGGCACUCUAUUGCAACAUUUGAUUAAUGGAAAGUGUAUUUUUCCCUUUUAGGAAGUGCUUAUUGGUUUUGUUGUGUUCCGGCAUAGGUACUAUACAUAACAGUUCUGUUUGCAUGCGUGAGAAUGUUCUUACGGGGUGUGUAAGCACCGAAAUGUACUUGCUAUGCAAUCAGAUCUCAAAAUAUGCACAAGUCCGAUUCGGGAGAAAAGCUCCUGGCACCACAGUUUGCACAAUAUUGAAACGAAAUAGUAACCAGCCUGCACUGUAGAAGUGUUCUUACAUGGUACCACAUUCUUCGAUUUUCGAAAUAUGUCCGUUAAAUGAAAUUAUCAAAUAAAAUAUAUAUCAUACUCACGUUUGUUCAAGUAAACAUAGGGCACAGCUCCACCACUGAAGCUCUUUUCUUUGCACCACCGUAAAGUGGUGGAGCUGGCGUUUAGAGGCCGUGUAAUGGCAAUCAUCAGUUGGACCCCUUCACAUUAUAAUUGCCAGGAAUAAGGCCAAAAACAUACCAGUGUUACACUACCAACCCUAAUUUUCCUUGCCGACCCUAAUUUUUUUAGGCAUAAAGGUAAAAAUUCAAAAAAUAAAUAUAUUGUCGUUAUUUUCGUUGUUUCGGUGUCUCUGGUCCUGGGGUCCUGUGCGAUCUGGAGUAUAAACACUCAUUUUUGAUCUGUAUUACCGAGACUCUUUGUCAACAGGAAGAAUAAAUUGGUGGUGUCCAAAAUGUCAGUGGACAUCAGAAAAUACCCACAUUUCUCAGGCAUAAAAUGCCUGAGAUCUUUCCUCAACAUCACUGAACUUUUAAGCGGGGUAUGACAAAUAAAUUGCAGAGCAGGCAGGGGUCGACACUAACUUUUUUCCAAGGGAUCCCAAAGGGACACCAACAUUUGAAAUCAGGUGUCCCUUCCUGAAAUGAGGAGUCCCUUCCACUUUUUACAUUAUUUUCAUUGUUAAGCCAGUUUUAAUAUUAAAUUCAACAUACAAAUGCUGUGUCUUUUACUUUUUAAUUUGUAAUUCCAGGAUACACCAUAGUAUAUAAUGACAAGUUUGUAGCACAAUGUCCUACAUGCGAACCUCUGGCAAUGGCAGAGAGAAUAAAAAUACAUCAUUGACAGCCGUUUUUGAUAACCGGGCAUCCAAGCUGUAUAGGAAUAUGUCUCUUCAGUCAUCCAGACCUCAAGUUCAAAUGGGAUCACCAUCUUCCACAGAUUCUCAUUAUAGUAAACCCAUGCAGAAAGACGUUGUUGGAUUACCAUCUUUACCUGAUCUGGUAACAUCGUUUUGGGGUGUGCUUGCCAACCCUUUCAAAUAUUACUCACAGGUUAAAGCUGUUGUACCAGACAAUUAUGAUGUCAACAAUCAAACUAGUGAAGACAUUUCAUUAAAAAAAUGUAAAAAUGUAAAAAUGAACGAAAGUAUUGAAAAUACAAAAGUGAAGCUUAAAAACUAUGCCAGACGAGAUAAAGAAAAGGAGAUGCCACCUGCUGUAUGUACGGAACAGACAGAGUGUAUAAGUGAUAAGAAGCUGAAGUACCUGAUUUGUUUAUGGUUUUUCAUUAACCAUAUGAAGUCUGCAGGUGCAACCAGUGGUCAUUGCAACUUGGAGAUACGAGAUGAGGUGGUAAAUGCCACGUGGAGCACAACAAAUGGCCACAGUACCCUUUUUAGAGGCAACGGACGCCUAAUAGCUUAUUGUGAUCCUAUGUUUAACAACGCCUAUUUGAGCAAUGCCUCCGAUGAUGGUGUAUACCAUGCCCAUUUUGAGAAUGGCAGUAUAUGCAGGGUCAACUUUAGCCUACCAUCCCAGACGGAGAUGUCUAUUCAAAUAGAGUCAGUGACUGGCGGAUUGGACACAGUACACAUCAAUGGACAAGUUGUUCACUGCAAUAAUGCUACAAUGGCUUUGGCGAACAUCAAAGGUGCAACCAGUGGUCAUUGCAACUUGGAGUUACGUGAUGAGGUGGUAAAUGCCACUUGGAGCACAACAAAUGGCCACAGUACCCUUUUCAGAGGCAACGGACGCCUAAUAGCUUACUGUGAUCCUAUGUAUAAUAACGCCUAUUUGAGCAAUGCCUCCGAUGAUGGUGUAUACCAUGCCCAUUUUGAGAAUGGCAGUAUAUGCAGGGUCAACUUUAGCCUACCAUCCCAGACGGAGAUGUCUAUUCAAAUAGAGUCAGUGACUGGCGGAUUGGACACAGUACACGUCAAUGGACAACUUGUUCACUGCAAUAAUGCUACAAUGGCUUUGGCGAACAUCACAGUCGAAGUCAAAACUGAUGGCAGUAAAGAAGCAGAAACAGAUGGCAGGAAAAAAGCAGAAUUUGCUGGCAGUAUAGAAGCAAAAACGGAUAACAGUGAUUGGUUGAUUUUGCUUGUGGCAGUACCUAUUCUGAUCGCGCUUGGCUGGAUAUCUAAAUUAAGGUUCUGUGGAAAACAAGAAUUAGACAGACAGAAUCUUCCUGAUGCAGCAUGAGCAUAUUCUAUAGAGGAAGUGAUGCUACACCAUCGUUUUUUUGCAACUGAUUAGCUACAAACAUUAUCAUUUGAAAAGAAAAGAAAAAGAGUAAGCAAAAAAGAUAUAAUGGAAACGGUGGCUUUUGAUAGCCUAUCCAUAUCUGCAUGAGGUAUCGUUGUUGAUCUGUUUGUUUCAUAUGUUAAGUUCAGAACUUAUCAAUGAUUACAUUAGUUAUUUUUUCAGCUUAACUUAAUAUAAUAUCUUAGUUGGCCAAAGGUUACUCUGUAUAUAUUGAAGCACAGGCUAUCUUAGGUUGAGUAUGGGUAGAUAACAUGUUGAACAUCAUUGAUUACUGACGCGUAUUCUUGAUCAUUAUAGGUGACUGUAUGCUGUAUGUUUGUCGAUUUUAUUAUUGAAAAACAUUUUGCAUUGUUAUAUCUUUGCUUUCAAGAGUGAAGUAUUAUAAAGAGUUGAAUGGAAUAAGGAGGUUAGCUCUUCGCUGAUGGGCGAGAAAUAUUAUGACUACUAUCCACAGACGAUUUGGCUUUAUAGGCGGACACUGUAAUAGGCCUUCAAAGAAUACUUAACAAACUAUUAAUCUUUACACAGGAUUAACCUUACUGUCAAUACUAAGAAAACCAAUGACAUGGCUUACAAAAAUAGGGGCAAACUCUGGAAGACUGAAAAGGGAUAUUUUAAACGACUUCCAAUAUGUUGGUGUAUUUCUUUCGCAACAACUAUCGUUUACAAGAAUGACAAAUGGACAGGCUACUACUGGAAAGUGCUGAUUUCGUUGUUAACUAUACAAAUUUGGACAUCUUCAUCAAACGUCGUAUUUUAAAAUAUUUGAUACAAAAAAUGCGCCAAUAUUAAUAUAUGGUUCAGAACAAUGCUAACUAGAAAUUGAAACUGAUCACCAUUUUAUAAUGAAAUGUACUACUUUCAGUUCCUUUCUCCCCAGCAAGUAUUACAUAAAUCCGAGCAUGCAGAAAUUUUAUCUCUUACUGAACACAACAACAGAUAGCACUGUCAAUAACUUAUUAAUGUUCAUAUUCUAUGCUUUAGAGUUGCGGGAAGAAUUGGUAAAUAAUGAACUUCCAUAACAGUGUUAAAAUCACCAUACUAGGGUAUUCAUAAAUGAAUAUAAUGUUUUUCUCUUUUGUACAUGGUAUUAUUUGCACAUUUACCACUACAUAUUCUUUUCUCAGUCAAAUCAUUCUUGACAUAUAUGACCAUCCAUAACAGUAUUAAAAUCACCAUACUAGGGUAUGAUUAUUCAUAAAUGUAUAUAAUGUUUUUCUUCUUUGUACAUGGUAUUAUAUGCACAUUUAUCGCUACAUAUGUUCUCAGUGAAGUAUUCUUGAUCUACAACUUGUUUUCACAAUUCACCUGUUAUUGUCUUUUUUUCUAUAUGUUUGUGCAUUAUGAUUGUUUUGGGCCGGUGACUUUUAUGAAAUAAAUGAUUUGAAUUUAAAAUUGAAUUGAGUGGACUAGAUGAAUGUGUAAUAUAGGUGUACGACACGGAUUAUGUAUAUAGCCUUGUUUUCUAUUGAACAAUUAAUAAUGGUAUCAACAUAGAUUCGUUUAACUUCUUCUUAUGCUUAAUGCUGAUAAUAUUGUUUUGUUCACAAUGCUGUAGAAUUGCAAGAAAGUAUUUAUUUAUUAUCAGAAUAAUAUGAAUGUUGGAAAUUACUUGUGAAUAUUGAUAAAUAUAAACAAAUAAGGAAAGGGAGGACGGCUGCUGGCCAAUAGUCAUUUAUAUUACUAUGGUAAUGAAAUUCAGAUUGUCUCGGUAUUUUACCGAAACAGUUUUUGAACCAAUCUAAGUUAAUUCAAGUCAUAAUAUUACAAGAGUAUACUUUAAGAUUUAGAAAUUUGCCUUAGGCUCCCUAUUGUUUUGUCUGAUAUUGGGAGUACUGGUCAAAUGUAAAUAUAACUUUAUUUAAUUUAAAGAGCAAUCAUUGUAGUCAUCUUGUAACUAAAUAAAUUAAAAGAAAGAUUUACAUUACUAUAAAUAUUACCUUAUAUACUACAAUAAAUAACAAUAUGAAAUUAUUUGAUAUACAUAACUUGUUUUGUUGCUGCAUAUGCUUAUUUGAGUUUUGGUAUAUUACUGGUUAAUUUUGUUUUGUAUAUGAUUGAUUCGUCUCUAAACUUUGUAUUGUAUAUUAAUUUCAUUUGUCAAAAUGUACUAUAACCUUCUGGUCAUGAUUCUGUAAAUAAUUCUUGAAUGUUAAAUCGAUCUUUAUAAUUUAGAGCUCUUUUCAAUUCAAUGAUGUUAAAAAUUGACUAAGAAUAUUAUGUUUCCUUCUUAUUAUGAUAAAUGCUAUCACCAUAGUGUAUUGUUUAUUGGACAGUGUAAAAAAAGUUGGCGCAUAAAACCAAUGCUGAUAUUUUGAGCCAAAAUGUAAUAAAAUACUAUUCUGUAAAAGGUAUUAGUUCUGAUAACAUCUACACUUGAAUGAAAUUGCCACAUUUUUUAUGCUUGGAAAAUAUUGAACAUCAAAUUGACAUAUUUUUUAAUAUUUCAAAGUCAUUGUGUUAUAUGAUUCAUUUAAAUAAACCUU